AUGUCGUCUUUACUCUUCCAGUCCAGAAGCCAGGUGACGAUUUCCGAGUCAGAAGCUCGUGAACUUCUACGAAUACAGAAAGUGAAACACAUCGUGACCCUGCCCGCCGACAAAGGGCGCUUAACUGUCGUCAUGGAUAAGCUCGAUUAUUCUGAAAAGGUAGAACAUCUACUGAUGGACAUGGAUCCAUAUGUGCCAUCGACCGUCAGCGAGUUCAAGAAGUUCGAAAGCGCCGUUAGUAAGACGAUCGAUAGGUUAAGAAAGACAGAAGCUCUAAAAGGAAGCGAAGCGCUGGCUACAAAGGCCGCCGAUGCUGCAGUGGCACGUUCCUACGGCUUACCAAAGGAGCACAAAGCAGGAGUGCCCUUACGAUUCUUCGUAUCUCUACGUGGUACCCCAACCUUUAGGUUGUCAAGGUAG